AAUAUGGAUGAGCAGAAGACAGAAGAUACAUCUACAGCGUCACCAUCUAAUCAUAUUACUUUACAUAUAAGAAGUCAUUUCUAUGUUGGGAGUUACACGAUAACUGUUAAACCUUUAUGUCUCAUUAAAGAUAUUAAAACGGCUGUGGUUGUUUCUUAUUAUGGACCAAUGCCACCAAAUAAUACAUUUGCUAUGGAUAAGUUAAUAUCAUACCAUCGAUUAAUUGGACCAAGAAAGACUAUGAAUACCUACAAUAAUCGAUUAUUACGUGAUGGAAUUACCAUUAUAGAAGCACGAUUGGAAAAUCAAGAUGAAUUAUACUUAUUGAGAUCUUUACCACCAUUAACGCCCUUAAGUAAACCAAAAACAGCUCGACAAUUAGAAAUAGAUGAAUUACAAGAUCAUAUGCUUGAAAAGGAAAUUAAAAAAGAAAUGAAAAAGUCCAAUAUUAUUUUUGAUCAAAAGAAUAAUUUCAUAACUGCUAUAGAUGCCAAUGAAUUUCAGGCUCCUGAGUUUUUUUCAGAUAUGCGAAGAAUCAUUACCGUAUAUUUAGAAGUCGUUUUUACAACCUUAUGUGGAUUGAGUAUAAGCCCACCAGUUGAUCAAAUGUUGACGACUUUGCGUAAUCAUUUCUUGUACACGCUAUAUCCAGUAGCUUUGAAUCCCGCUUUUGUCAUUGAGUGUCGAGAAAUGGGAUAUUCAGCGAAUCGAGCAAAAUAUGCCUUUCAUAUGACGAAACAUCGUAACAAUGAAGCAAUGGAAUGGUUAAAAACACACAAAUCUAUAACUUCAUUAGACAUACCUGACGAAACAGUAUACCAAAAUGAAAUUGAAUUAGCCCGUAACGAAUUACAAGCCGCUCCGUUAAAUGACUUAGAUUUAUUGCUGGAAUUGUUCCGACAAUAUCGCGAAUAUACAUUUAAGCCAGAUAUGUUUGCAACAAAUAAUCUAAAAGAAAUGGGCUACAAAAUGGAUGAUGUAACUUUAGCUCUAAAACAAGCCGAAAACAGUUUCCCAGCUGCAUUUCGUAUAUUAUCUGGCGAUAAAUCUGCAAGUUUAACUAAUAUGACUUUUUUAACGUAUCCAAAUCGUCUGUAUCAGUCCAUGAUGGAGAGAUUGUUAAGAAAUCACAUUUUGGAUCUAAAAGUUAUGAUAGCAUUAUUAUCUUUUUAUCGAGAGCCAGAAAAAAUAAUAUUUGGAUGGUGUUGGAAUAGAGAAAUAGCACCGAUUAUUUUUGAAAUGUUUGAAACAUACAAUCUUGAAAUAUUGGAUUUGUAUCAUUGUGAUCGAAAAUAUGGAAGUGCCAUUGCCUCAUCGUCUGAAAAUUUUUAA